AAUCCCCUCAUUAAAAUUAUGCAUGCCGGGUAAACAUAUCUAACUGGACACGAUUAACCAUGCAAAUAUUUCAAGAAAUAUUCUUCUUCCAUUUUGCAUAAGUAGAAAAAUCUUCAAGAAUCAAUCAUCUUAAAUAGACAAACUUGCUGACAGGAAAAAAAAGUUUGUUGACGCGCCGAAAUUCGAGGGAUUCAGCGCGUGCUUGGUUGCUAGGGUAAUUUCUACCGGAAGUUUACACUGGUGUUUUGAGAGGAGGUUGGUGAAAGUUGUGAAGUGAGCAAAAAUGUACGACGGCGAUGAAUCCGAAGGCCCUAAAGGGACAUUUGAAAUCUACAAGGCAGAGGCAGAUUCUCUUUUCAAACAAGGAGAGUACAAGAAAUCCAUUGAUAGCUACACAAUCGCCCUUGAGCUACAACCCGGUGACAAAAACACCUUGGUCUGUCGGUCAAAAUGCUACCUCCAGCUUGGAGAUACAGAGAAUGCCUUGGCCGACUCUGAAUCCUCCUUAGCGGAGGAUAAAACUUUUCACAAGGGAGUUUACCAAAAAGCCCAGGCAUUGUACUACCAAGGAGAUUUUGAGCUGGCCCUCGUUUUCUACCACAGAGGUCACAAAUUACGACCAGAGCUGCAGGAGUUCCGCCUUGGGAUACAGAAGGCCCAGGAGGCCAUUGAUAACUCAGUAGGGGCCCCAGAAAAAGUGAAGCUUACCACAGAGGGGGAUCUCUCUUUCUUCGCCAAACAAGAUGAGAAAAAGAUCAAGAAGCCAGCAUACAACACAUAUGGCCGCCCAGGCAUGCAAACCCAGAAAAAACUGGAGGUCAGUCGACCCGCGGGGAAUGAGAAGACAAUCAAACAGCUGCUGGGGGAGCUGUACGGGGACCGGCAGUACUUGGAGAAACUACUCAAAGAAACAGAUCCUAACACACCAGUGGGUAAGACAAUUUCUGGGCUGGUCUCCCAGGGCCUGAACUACCUGGACACAAGAACUGAUUUCUGGCGACAACAGAAGCCAAUGUACGCGCGUAAACACGAGAAGCAAAUGAUGAAGCGAGAGAAUCGGUCGGAGGGCUCUAAUACCGCCAAACUUUCACCCAAUGACUACAUCAUCAGGGAACUCGAGAGGAUAGACCAAGCUCAAGUGGAAGGCAAGUAUUCAGAAAGUCUGAAACGGGCACAGCGGUGUCUGAACACCGUCAAUGGUUUCACGGAGGACAUCGUACCAAACAAGAUGGAAGUCAUUGCCAACUUACACAGCUGUAUAGGAAAUGCAUACUUAGAACUGGGCAGCUAUGACAAGGCGCAGGAACAGCAUCAGAUAGACUACAACCUUGGGGAGGAACAUGACAUGGAGGAGGCAUGCUCCAGAGGUCUGGAUAAUCUGGGUCGAGUGUACGCCCGGAAGGGAGACUACAGCCAGGCCAUCACAGUAUGGGAAAAGAAAUUACCAUUAUCAAAGUCUGCACUGGAGAGCACAUGGUUAUAUCACGAAAUCGGCAGAUGUUAUCUGGAGAUGGGAAAAUAUCAAACGGCCAAAGAGCAUGGCGAGAAGUCACUGACACUGGCAGAGGAGGCAGGAGAACCACAAUGGCAGCUACAGGCCUCAGUAUUAGUCGCCCAGUCAGAGUUGAAACUUGGAGACCUGAGUGCAGCCUUGUCUUCAUUUGAGUUGUCAUUGGACCUUGCCAGAACACAAGGAGACACUUCAGCAGAGUCAGCCAUCAAGAAGGCCAUUGAUGAUGUCAACAACAAGAUAGCCAAAGGCUCCUCCACGUCAGUCAAGCCCGCGGAAGGUGAGACGAACACGUCAAACAACAACAACGCGGCCAGUCCCACCAACAACAAAGACAACAAAGACAACGCCAGCGUCAAAAGUAAACCAGCCUCUGCCACGGAGCAGAAAGAGAGCCCAAAGUCCGCCAAGUCUGUCGCCAAGUCAGUCACCAAAUCAGAGGCAAAAUCGGAAACCAAAGCCGCGGAUAACAAGAGUGAAGGGAGCCCAGCUCAAGAGGACACUGUAGCUGAUGAAGAUAAUGAGGUCAACAAGAGUCAAGAGCAAGAGAAGGAGGGGACAACGUAACCGGGUCAGAGUGAAAGACGAGUGAAGAACUGAACAACUGGAGAUAUAUGUUAACUUGUCAAUGAUCACAAAUGAAAGUACAACUGUUUAUUCUCAAACUUAAAUUAGUGUAAAUUAAUACUGCCAAACAAUCACCAAGUAUGGUAUAAUGUACUAGUGUUAUACAGCUGUUAAAUCUUUAGGUAUUAUUAUUGUUAUUUAUCAACUUCUGCCAGACAGACCAUCAGUAUUAUAUAAUAAAUUGUACAAUUGUUA